CAAUCAAAAUGCCUCAAUUGGCGAUGCUCUAUUUUUCUCGGUUGCCAACGUUCCUUGGAGACUGCAUUUCAUCAUCAACCCACGUUCAUCCCCGAAAAUAAGGCAUUGCAACUGCCCGACAACCGUUUCGAGCACAAUGGGUAUCUGGGACACUAUUACCGACCUCGUCGAGGCGGCCAAGCCAUGGACCACCGCCGAAGCCGAAGCUCCAGCUGAGGAACCCCAAGAGGAGGAGCAGGCCGAAGAGGAGGAAGAGGAGGAGGAGGAUGAUGAUGAGCCCAAAGACCCGAAGGAACAGCUCGAGGAAGAUUGCAAGAACUCUAAGCAGUGCGCACCAGCUAAGCACCACUUUGACGAAUGCGUCGAACGUGUAACAAACGCCUCGGAUGACGGAAAGGCCGGCGAGGAUUGUGUUGAAGAAUUCUUCCACCUCGCGCACUGCGCCAGCCAAUGUGCAGCUCCCAAGCUCUGGUCUACCCUCAAAUAGUCAACGCAAACUAGCCCCGAGAACCCCCGGCAUCAAGCACGAUAUAUCUAUAGAACACCUAGAGGCAUGUGCUGGUAGGUUUUCGAUCGGGCAAGCCGGCUAUCGUUGUCUAACCCCGGUUAGAUGGUCGAACGGUGGCGGCCCUGUAAAACGAUUUGCGGCUCAAAGCGGAUGACAUGCCGCCGGGGUACCUUAAACGUCCUGUCCUAUGUACCAUACACGGCAUUCACAUGAAUAGAUCUCUGUUCCUCAAUUAUUCAAACAGAUCUGAUUUCUCAUUCAUAUUGAGACAAUUGCUGAUUAAUACAAUUCAGAACAUCAAGUGAGAGCAUAUGAAGGUUUAUACUUGCCGAUGAGUUCCGUUUCGUGGACAUUAGGUAGUUUGUAUGCGCUCAACCCUGUGCCGAUUAUAAGGCACUUGAGCUAUCUGCUAUCUACAAGCAGUGUCUUAUUAGAUUGUUACCCAGUCACAUAUUGACCCUUGCAAUGUAUCGACAUCGUAUGAUGGGGUAUAAAAAAUUGCAUCAACUACUACUAAGAACUCUUAGUUAGUUGUAAUGAUGUAGGUAUUCACUAUGUAAAUAUGAACAAUGAUAAAUGAAAGUAUCUUAAAAACACUAGGC